GUUUCGUCAAAAUAUAGACAAUUCUUAUGAAAAGUUUGAAAUAAAUUGUCGAAAUUGUUAGCAAAUUAUUAGUUAAUGAGACGAAUCUGAUGGUCAAAAUGAUAUGAAUUUGGAUGCAAACCUAAACUCUAUAACUAAACACUGUAUGCAUUGAAAUGUGUGACACAAGUGUGCAGACAGAGACCAAAUGCGGUGACAAAUGUGUGGAUAAAAGGAAGAAAGAAAGGAAAAACAAUUUCGAGAACAGAUUCAAUGGUUUGAGUGAAUGUGAACUCAAGAAGAAGACACUACCGGAUCACUUGGCCUAUGAUUUAGAUGUAUUGAUUGUAGGCAUAAACCCGGGUUAUUGGGCCGCUUAUAAGGGUCACCACUACUCCGGUCCGGGAAACCACUUCUGGAAAUGUCUGUAUUUGUCUCAUUUGGUACCAAAACCGAUGACCGCUUUCGAUGACUUCCGUCUCAUGGAUUCGACGAUUGUCUCUCAAAAGAUGAGAUUCAAAGAGGAUCUCAAGUUUUAA